CGUAACCAACACUUACAAGAAAUGGAACUUAUAAAGAUAUGAAUCGUAUAAUGCGCUCUCAAGUCGACAUGAGACUAGUGGUGGUGUAUUUUUUCGCUACGACCUUAAUCUCCGGUUGCCAUGGAGACCAGAAGGAUGAAGCUGAUGCGUAUAUGAGCCGGUUUGUCGCUGAUCUGUGGCUGGAGGGAGCAGACGUGGUUAAGAUCAUUUGGCGGGACUGUUCUAAGAAACUGGUCGACGUGAAGGAUGUUAUCGACCACAAGGAGUACUUCCCGAAGUUCCUCCGGUGCAUGAAGCGGAAAACUCUGAGGGCCCUCGACCGCUCGCUCAGCCCAGACGUUGUGCCCAUCGCUGACGGAGUCAAUCUGGUCCGGUUCGAACUAGUCGACCGGUCCGGGAAUAUUGUUCCGGAAAAUGAGACAAGCUCAUGGACUGAAAAAGAACUGGAAGAAGGGGAAUGGAGGACAUUAGCGUUACAAAGGAUGGCGAAAGUGCUCCGGACACAUGUCAUCAAGUUUGAUUUUGAAGACGGAAAGACUCUCGAUAAAGUGGAAUACCGAGGCCGACGGCGUCAUCAAAUGAUGACCAUGAUGAUGUUCGGUAUAGUCUCCAUCGGCAUGGUGUUAGUUCCCAUGGGCUUCCAAUUCCUAGCCGUACUCGGCGGGAAAGCCUUAUUGCUAGCCAAAAUGGCGCUUAUCCUAGCUUCUAUCCAAGGACUUAAGAAGGUAGAACCUAAUUAUGAUGGGUAUCAUGAGAGGGGGAAGAUUGCUUCAAGUCCGGUAAACUACGGCUUCUACCACUCCUACCCAUACGACCCCUACUACGAAAAGAGGAGCCGAGACGAUUGGCCUCAACCUGGACUGAUGCCCGCAACGCCACCUCCUUCGAUGUCCGUACAAAACCCCUGGCCUAACAGUAACAGCCCAGUAGUUAAAAUCGACCGAUCAAUAGAACACGGCAAGGAUUUCAAGCACACUGACGUAGUGACGUGGAAGCCAGAGCUGCCUAAAGCUGUCAAGCAAGAGGCUGAAGCAAGGAUAUACCCAGUGUACCCUGGCCCUGAUGGCACUCCGCCUAUAUUUACUUCUAUCGACGCUCCCACUCCUCUUACUGAUAUAACUACUAGACCCGGAGAUGUGCAGGCUGAUUACGCAUUGGAACUGCCCUACAAUGGACUCCGUUUUCAAAGUCCCACUACUGUCGUUUCAGCUUGACGUAUUUGUGCACCUGUUCCGCGCUCUGUAUAACGUUGUGACCGGCAUGUACUCAUACUUGUCCCAAGUGCUAUAUCCUGAUAGACAUGUUUUUUAUUCCUCAUAUUAUUGAUGUUUUAGUGUAGUAAAUUAAAUAAAUAGUAUUAUU